GCGGACCUUGAAAACAGCACGGCGUCGCGAGCAGGUGCGGGGGGGAGGCAGCCCGGCCUGGAGAGGAGCGGGGACCGUGCACCCCAGGGAGUGCCCACAGCCCCCCUUUCUUCCGCACCCCCUGUGGGCAGGUGAGACCAGAGUGGCCAGAAUUCUCCCAGAUCUGCUGGACUUCGACACCACCACCCCACUCCCGCUUUCAGCCUCCCUUGGGUUUUUAGAACUUCAGCUACAAAAAUGGGCAGAAUUUUCCUCGAUCAUAUUGGUGGUACCCGUCUGUUUUCAUGUGCAAACUGUGAUACGAUCCUGACCAACCGCUCAGAGCUCAUUUCCACACGAUUCACAGGCGCCACUGGCCGAGCAUUUCUUUUUAACAAGGUAGUUAACCUGCAGUACAGUGAAGUUCAAGACCGGGUCAUGCUCACUGGCCGCCACAUGGUUCGAGAUGUGAGCUGCAAAAACUGCAAUAGCAAACUGGGCUGGAUCUAUGAAUUUGCCACCGAAGAUAGCCAGCGUUAUAAGGAAGGCCGAGUGAUCCUGGAACGAGCUCUAGUUCGAGAGAGUGAGGGGUUUGAGGAGCAUGUACCAUCUGAUAACUCUUGAAGAAAAAGAUACAACUCCAUCUUUUCCCGGGUCUCCUUCACUGAAAACAAAAAUCUACUUACAUACACUGUCACCUUAGCAUCAGAGUCGGAUUCAUGAACUGUGGAACAAGAAGUUGUGAGAAUCUAAGAUAGAACCUUCCUUCAUUUCUUUUUAAAAGAUUUUCCUAUUUUCCAUCCAACAGAAGUGUGUAGAGAGAAUAUUAUGCAGAUGCUGUUAAUUUUCCCCCCCUCUGUUUUCAUCUUGAGGCAGGAUAGUCUUAACGUGCAGCUACACGGUGGGCUAAGUAAGUUAAAAAGAAAUCUGGGCUAUUUGAGUGAAAAGGUGUGUUUUAAUGUAAGCGUUGAAAGGAAAAUGUGUUAAGAGCAUGUUUUUUGUUUUUUUUUUUAACUUGUUUGGGCUUCAUUUUAAAGUUCUUUUUUAAAACCCAGUUAUUUCACUUGAUUUGCUAGUUUCUGAGGAGAGAUCCGAAUUUGUGACCAGCGCUAAAGGUUCAGUGUUAGUGUGGCUUGUGCUGGCCCUUGUGCCAUAUUGUUGGAGAAGAACCGUAGCACCAGAGCCCAUUCUCCUUUGUCAGUCUUGACUCAAAAGAUGUCACCAUUCCUAGCUAUUUGUCACCACAUAAUUGGUGUUGAUUGGAAACUUUUCCUGAAGUGGGACAGACCUGCUUGGUUGUCUUUUCCAUGUAACUUAAGCAUAGUAAUAUAAAUAAAGUUAUAGUUGAAUGUUUUUGGUCCUGUGUUGCUUUGAGAAAAAAAAAAAAACCUCUCAGAAGAGCAUUUGAUAUGUAAUUUUCAUAGUAGUGUUUAUUUUCAUCUGUGAAACUAAAUUGACUGUGUCUCUGAUACUAAUUUGUUUAUAUUAAAGCAUACUGUUGAAAUGCACAGUAUAGCACUUACAGAAUAGUUGGGCAGCAGAGUGGCACUGUGCAUUCAUGCAGAAAGCAUUUCAUCUGUGUUUGUUUUUGAAAGGGGGAAGUAAAGCAGUCUGUCUAAACAUUCUGCUUUAAGAAGCAAGCAUCUUAGCCGUCCCUCCUCAGUUUGACAUUGAUUUUGACAAGUCUUUGGAGCCUAAUAGUUGCAUCAGAGGAAUAGCUCUCAUUAUUUUCUCAGAUCUUCCCUAGGUAGUUUAGAUACUAAAAUUAAAACUCUGCCUGGUCCCUUCAAGUGGAAAGGGAUCAAAUUUGACUCAGGGUGUUAUUUUAGCCCCACAUUUACAACAUUAUGAAGUGUUAAAUGCAAAUGUUUCUUUACUCAAGCUGUCGACAUACUCUAGUAUUUGCUUCAGGUAGAACAAAUGAUAAUAAAAUUGGCUAGCUGAAUGAAUGAAUAUGAAUGCGGACUCAAUUUUUAGAUCUUUGUCUUGAAAGGAAAUUUGCCUCAAUUAGCAACAUCUUUCUGUCUCUGAUAUUAGAAAUGACUCCUGAGUACAGGUACUACUGAGUUUAUCUCCUUGUUUACCUUGGGAUUCUUGGGUAGAGGCAUAGCUCUGUAAGUUGAUGUAUACCAUUUCAUCUGAGACAAGUGGACACAGAUGUUUGAGAUGUGAACACGAAGUUUUCUUGAUCAUGAAAUAAGUGUUCAAGCAUUAAGGAACAACAUUCAUUCUCACUCAUUUCCACACUGGCCUUUGAUGAUAUGCAGAUUCCUAGUAGCAUGCCUUAUCUACAGCACUAUGUGCAUUUGCUGUCACAAUAAAGUAUAUUUUGUCUUGCA